AGAAAACCUGCGCAUUUCACAGAGAAGACUGACUCACCAGAACAUACAGUUAUAAUACUUUACAUAAAACAUUACGAGGCAGAAACAAUUAUAAAAAUGAAACUACAUGGAUGAAUUGUUCACAAUCUAUAGCAUGCAAUUAGAAAAUAGUUGAGGUUAAAAUUUACAUUUCAUGCCACAGUUUUGCUGGAGAUUGAACGCCGCACCGUUCGCCAAGCUUUUAUUAUGUGAGGAUGUUUGCGGAUGUCGCACUUCCGGUUGCGUCACUGCUGUGCUGGGCUCUCGGCAGGAGUUGACAGCUGAUCGUCUGUGCACCCUAACGAGGCGAGCUGUUAUAGAAUGACAGAUGUGUGACCAGUCGACACCUGAGCCGACACUGCCUGCUCUGCUCAUGAACUGAGGAUUUCUGUCUGUCUGUCUCAGGUAGUGGUGAUGGCGACAGAUAGAGGUAUAGUGGAAGACUGGCUCUCCGAAUUCAAGGCAUUGUCUGAAACGCAGCUGUCUGGUUACGCUGGAGUCCUCCAUCAGAAGAACACACUGGUGCCGGCCCUCUACAGCGUCAUCCAGGACCCUGACAGUGAGCUGCUGGAGCCGGUGUGCCAUCAGCUGUUCGAGCUGUACCGCAGCUCAGAGGACUGUCUGCGCCGCUUCACACUGCAGUUCCUGCCCGAGCUGCUGUGGGUUUACCUGCGCAGAGACAGACACAGCAGCAGCUGCAUCGAGGCUCUUCUGCUGGGCAUUUACAACCUGGAAAUCGUGGAUAAAGAUGGAAACAGCAAGCUGUUAUCGUUCAUGAUCCCGUCCCUGUCCAAGCCAUCCAUAUAUCAUGAGUGUCACUGUGUGUGUGUGUGUGUGUGUGUUCAGCCGUCCAGUCUGGGCUCCAUGGCUUUGACUGAGGGCGCUCUCUGUCAGCACGACCUGAUCAGAGUGAUCUACAGCGGCCUGCACCCGCAGAGAGAGACCUUCACUGCCCAGAACAGGUUUGAGGUGCUGUGUUUCCUGAUGCUGUGCUAUAAUUCGCUGGUGGUCUACAUGCCCCGCUCAUCACACCGGGCCGUCUGCAGGAUGAGCUCGCGGCUGUGCGUGAGCGGCUUUCCCCGUCAGCAGCUGAAGGCCUGGACCGCUCCCUGCUUUCGUGUGCUGCUGGAGCCGCAGUUCAUGGUGCAGAUGCUGGCUGCUGUCUAUCACGCCAUAUAUAACGGCGAGUGGGAUGCUGGGAGAGAGGCUUUGGAUGACAUCCUGUACAGAGCUCAGCUGGAGCUGUAUUCAGAGCCGCUGCUGCUGGGCAAUGCGAUGAAGAGCUGUCUGCCUGACAGCGUUCCGGACGGACCUCAGGGGAGGAAGGUCCUGCAGGUGGAGGUCACUCCCAGCAUCAGACGGAUCUCCCAGUGCACCAUCACCGCCGCAUCCAUCCGCAGACUGCGCUGGAAGAGAGAGGAUGCAGACCGGCUGAGCGGGGAGGAGGAGUCCUCCGGCCUGAACGAUGCGGAUGAGGGCUUCUCUUCCGGCGCGUCCAGCAGCAGCCAGCCCAGAGGCGUGCGCGGGAGGAAGAGCCGCCUGUCCGCUCGCAGGACCUCCAGCACCUCUCUGGACUGCAGGCCGGGGCUGGGCUCCGGCGCCGAGGCUCGCAGAUGCUCCAUCCUCAGCCUGCAGGAGCAGCGUCUGCCGGAGGAGACGGAGCUGCUUUCUCCUGGAAAACAGAGCCGAUCGCCCAGCUUCAACAUGCAGAUCAUCUCACAGGUCUAGAACCGGCUGCCUCGUCCACGGCGCUCUACGUUCAGGUGGACUGUCACUUCUUGACAGAAGAAUUUUACCCCAAAGACGGGAACUGUCAUUACUUACUCAUGUCAUUUCAACUCUGUAUUUUUCUCAUGAAACAAAAGUGGUCCAAGCCAGGAAGGUGGACGGUGAUUCAUACUGCCACCCAGUGAACACCGUACCAACUUCACACCAGUCAAUAUUACUUUUACUUGCCUUUCUACAGUCAGUUUGUAAAAGAACAAAGUGAAAUGUAAGCAGUUAAUCACUGAAACGCUCUCUACUGCAGCUCAAGUCACAGCAAAUGCUCUCUUCCCAUUUCACACGGCCCCGCGUGAUUCAUUUAACUCUUUUCAGCCACGUUGCCAGCCACCGCCAGCAUUUAUUAUCAUUGUCACAAAAUUCUCAUGGCCCCCAGAAUAUUUAGUUGCAUGAAUAUCUGAACAUGCAGUAGAUCAAAAGAAAGAGCAGAGUCUGCUUUUAACAAACAAACAAAUUUUAUUCUACCUUCCUGCAUUCCUGUUUUUUUUAUACGACACUCAAAUGUGGGUAUGUUUAAGAAAAAAAAGCAACAUUUUGAUUAAAAAGCUGAGAAAAUGGCGUUUAGUCAAUGACUACAUCCAGAUCACAUUCAGUACGGAGUUAACUUCAGGUGGUUUUGAUUGAUAUGCUGUUUAAUGAUGGUCAUAAAUGUUAUACCACCCCUACUGUAUAACAGUGAAAAUAUAGAAUGCCAGAAAAUUUCAUCAAUUUUGGGGAGAGUUGAAAGCAUGACCUGGCAAAAGGGAACGUGAUCAGUGCGUAAUGGCUUUAAUGGCUGUGUUUCUUACACAAGGCUGCUGUCUGACUCUAAAUAGUGCGCUGGUCAUAUAGAAUGCUUUAAUGGUGCUUUCUGGAAAGGAAAGAGACAAAGAAGUCACACAGGACUGAAAUGACACAGAGUAAAUAAUGAUGGUUUCCAUUGUUGGCUGAACUAAUCUCUUAAAACCCGAAGCGACAGCUGGCCUGACAGCGAUCUGACCGUCUCUCUCAGACCAAAUCUGAGCCGGACCGACAUGUGCGAAUUGAACAUUGAACUUUCUGAUGACAGUCAGCAAUAAAUCAUCCCUAGUCCUCCAGAAGAUUUGAAUGCAUUACUGCAGUGUCUAAUGCGGACCUCUGAUUUGGAUCCAAUUUCAUAUAAAUAUUUGUUUUUAUGGCAGUGUUUUGAAGUUUUUCAUGGUUAUGUUCUCGAGAUUAUUCUGACUUAAAUGAUCAGAAGCCCUAAUGACUCUGAACUCGGCAGACUCUCUGAGAAAGGGACCGUCAACAUAUAAAUUGAUAUAUUUAUGUGAUAUACUUGUGUGUGAAUAAUGUAAAAUACAAUUCUGUCAGAAGACAACAUACUGUAGAUGUGGAGAGUUAGUGCUGUAUUUUGCAGAUGCUUUAAUCCAAAGCCUUCUUUGAACAGUUUCAGUGCUGCUCGUGGCGUAGAGGUCCAUGAAUGGGAUGAGCGUUGAUCUGCCGUCAGCCUCACACGGUCACAUCAGUAUGAGCUGGUCUGCCGGUCAGGCUGUGCUGAGGCUGAGCUUUAGUGACGUGUGAACAGACACGGUGAUUUUCCCAAGCCAAACUCGUCAGUGAUCAGACAUGACAUUAGUGAUUUUAUAGAUGGUCGCAUAAGCCUGUAAUAUGAUUAAAGAUCAGCAGUGUGUCAGUGUGUUUUGUCCAGCAUGAAGCGAAUGCUCUCAUACAGAUAUAGAUACACUCAGGAGAGAAGAACCUCUUGCAAAACAACAAACCACCCUGUGGAGACCAACCGAAGCUGUCGUGUGCUGUGCUGUCAACAGUGUGUUGUCAUGUGAAUUAUAUCUGCUGUAUUUGUUUGCUGAGUAUCUCUGGUCAUAAUGUGACAUUACAGAGUGUGUGUGUGUGUGUGUGUGUUCUGUCUAUGCGCUUGAGUAUUUCAGCACAAAAGUGGAUCUGUGUCCAUUCCAGCCAUGAUAGUCAGGGAUGUUUUUCUCUGAUUUUGCUUCGUUUCUUUUUGCUUUUUUAAACAGCUGUAAUGUGUCAGUUAAUGUCAUUCUGUCUCAUUUUGAUAUGUCUCCGCUGUGUAGGUUGUGUUCCUGAACUGCCUCUGCUGAAAAAGGAAAUGUGAGAUUAUACUGUGAAUAAAAGUGGUUAGUCAUGUA